GCCGGGCUCAGAGGGGGCCCCCGCCUCUGGCCCGCCCACCUGAAAACCAGAACCAAUGGCUGUCUUUGCAAACUUUCAGACAACAUUCUUCUUAGCAUUGCUGUUCUUGAGGAUUUCCCAGAGUGAAGUCUUGUCUGAACAUUUACCAUUGACUCCUGAAUCACUUAAAAUUUCCAUCAAUUCUGCACGUCAGUAUUUGCAUGUACAAUGGACUGUCCGCAACCUUCUUUAUCAUCAGGAAUUGAAAAUGGUUUUUCAGAUACAAAUCAGUAGAUUUAAUUCAUCCAAUAUCAUUUGGGUGGGGAAUUACAGCACCACUGUGAAGCAGAACCAAGUCCUACACUGGAGCUGGGAAUCUGAGCUCCCUUUGGAAUGUGCAACACACUUUUUAAGAAUACGGAGUAUGGUGGAUGAUGCCAGCUUCCCCAAGUCAACUAUCUGGAGCAACUGGAGUUCAUGGGAAAAAGUCGAUGUACAAGAUUCUCUUGGACAGGAUACAUUAUUCGUUUUCCCUAACGACAAGCUGGUGGAAGAAGGCUCCAAUGUCACCAUAUGUUAUAUUUCUAGGAACAAUCAAAAUAACAUAUCCUGUCUUUUGGAAGAUGAACAAAUUAAUGGAGAACAACUUGAUCCACAUGUAUUUGCAUUCAACUUGAAUAAUGUUCCUUUCAUUAGAGAAACAGGGACAAAUUUCUAUUGUCAGAGGAACAAAACUGUGAAAGGCAUUGUUCUCUUUGUCUCAAAAGUACUUGAGGAGCCCAAAGACUUUUCUUGUGAAACACAGGACUUCAAGACUUUGAACUGCACUUGGGAUCCAGGCAGGAACACUGACUUACGGAAACACGCUUCCCAACGCUACACAUUAUUUGAAUUCUAUUCUGGGGAAAAGAAACUCUGUAAACACAAAAACUGGUGUAAUUGGCAAAUAACGCAAGACUCACAAGAAACGUAUAACUUUACACUCAUCGCAGAAAAUGACUUAAGAAAGCGAAGUGUCAGUAUUCUUUUUAACCUGACUCAACGAGUUCGACCAAUGACUCCCUUCAGUGUCAGUUUUGAAACUGUAAGUGCCACAAAUGCCAUGAUGACCUGGAAGGUGCAUUCCAUUGGGAAUUAUUCCUCACUUUUGUGUAAUGUGGAACUCUAUGGUGAAGGAAGAAUGAUACAACAGCACAAUGUUAGUGUCAAGGUGAAUGGUGAAUUCCUCUUAAGUGAACUGGAGCCUAACACGAAGUAUACAGCCCAAGUCCGCUGUGCUUAUGACAAGCACAUCUGGAAAUGGAGUGAAUGGAUUAGUCAAAGCUUCAUCACACUUGAAGCUGCUCCCUCAGUGGCGCUUGAUGUCUGGAGAAAUGUGAAAUCCAAGCCAGGAAGUCAAAAUGUGAUCUUAUUCUGGAAGCCACUGUCAAAAUUUCAUGCCAAUGGGAAAAUCCUGUUUUACAAUGUAGUUGUAGAAAAUCUGGACCAGCCGUCCAGGUUAGAGCACUACACCAUCCCUGCUCCUGCCAAUGGCACUGAGCUCUCCCUGGACCAGAGCUCUUAUGAGAUCCGCAUCACAGCCAACAACAGUGUGGGAUCUUCUCCUGCUUCAGUCAUUGUCAUCUCUGGCAACAGUACAGAAGAGGUUGAAGAAGAAAAAAUUAAAGGCACAGAGGAUGGAUUUCCUGUGUCUUGGAAACCCCAUUCUGGAGAUGUCCUGGGCUAUGUUGUAGAAUGGUAUGACUGUCCCCAGGACCAGCUCUGUGAUUUCCAGUGGGAGAAUGUAGGUCCUGGUAACACCAGCAUUGUCAUUAGCUCAGAUGCUUUUAGGCCAGGCGUCCGAUACAACUUCAGAAUCUAUAGAAUAUCUACAAAAAGAAUUGCUUAUUUAUUAGAGAAAAAAACAGGAUACUCCAAGGAGCUGGUUCCUUCAACCAAGCCUCAAGUGGUCAUGAAUAACUUGACACCCCACUCCUUCACUCUGAGUUGGGAGAAUUAUCCCACGGAAUCCCAGCCUGGUUUUAUACAAGGAUACCAUGUCUAUUUGAAAUCCAAGGCAAGGCAGUGCCACCCAGGAUUUGAAAAGGCAAAUCUUCCAGAAAUCACAGAUGAUCCAUUAUGUUGCAAAUACAAAAUCGACAACCCGGAACAAAAGAGGUUCAUUGUGGAGAACCUGCAGCCAGAAUCCUUCUAUGAGGUGCAGGUUACUCCAUACACAAGUGCCGGAGAGGGCCCUGGUGAAGCGUUCAUGAAGGUUACGACGCCAGGGGAAGAGUCCCAUAAGUUGAUACGUAUCCUACUGCCCAUGAUUUUCUGCAUCUUGGUCAUCAUGAUUGCAUGCUACAUGAAAAGUCAGUGGGUGAAAGAAAAGUGUUACCCUGACAUUCCAGAUCCUUACAAGAGCAGCAUCUUGUCACUCAUAAAAUCCAAGGAGAACCCUCAUCUAACAAUAAUGAAUGUCAAUGACUGUAUCCCAGAUGCUAUAGAAGUUAUAAACAAGCCAGAAGGGACUAAGAUACAGUUCUUAGGCACUGGGAAGUCAGUCACAGAACUGGAGUUUACUAAGCCUGCCUACCUCUACCUCCUUCCGACAGAAAAGAAUUCCUCCAGUCCUAGCCCCUGCAUCUGUUUCGAGAACUUUACCUAUAAUCAGGCAGCUUCUGAUGCCGAAUCUUGUGGCCAUGUUCUGGAACCCCCUUUUGUCCCACCAAGUCAGCUGGGACUAGUGACCUCAUCUGAAAGUUUACUAAAAACCCUAGAAAAAAGCUACAUGAAUUCCCUGGAAGAAAUCCCAGCUGAAGAAACAAAUUUAAAUUAUGUGUCCCAGUUGGCUUCACCCAUGUCUGGAGACAAGGACAGUCUCCCAACAAAUCCACAAGUGCCAGUACACUGUUCAGAGUAUAAAAUGCAAAUGGCAGUCCCCCCAUGUCUCACCGCAUCUCCCCUGAGUGAGAAGAGCAGCCUCUCCUCAGUCACCCUUUUAGAUCAAGAUGAACAUUUCCAUUAGCCGACAUAUGCAUUUCAUACCUUUCUGCUGCACAGACACUAAGGGCACAUAGCUGGCACUGUUCCAUGCCCAGUUGCUUCUGUUCUUAUUCUCAGCCAGCUACCAUCAUAUGCAGGUUUGAUUUAUAGAUGACCACUACAGUCUGGUCAAGUCGAAGGCCAGAGACUAUGGAACUUAACAUACCCACCUAGAGAAGACUUCCUCUAGAAAUGGCAGGAUUGACUGUAGAGAUAAGCUUACCUGCUACACUAAAGGCUCAUCUUUAGAACAGUAGACUUAAAUGGGAUGUAGAAUAGUUAUUAGCAACUCCACAGGCCCCACCCACUCGGUACUGGGCAGGGUGGCUGUGGUCUCAGUUGUUAGCGAGAAAGUAUUUCCAUUAAAAGAUACCCCAGAUAUCCAAAGGGGAAAGUAAUCAGAUUGAAGGCUUUAAUAAAGGCCGUCUAUUUAUUAUUACAGUAUUCAUUGUCAACGUAAAUUUGUGUUUAAUUAAGUCACAGAUGUUUAAGACCAAAAUGAAGUUUUGACUUACCUUGAAGUGCUAAGAAUUUGUAGGUCAUUGACACAGUAAAAUAAACUCUCUUGGAGGCAUAGGCAUGAUCAAGUAGGUAAGAUGUAUGAAUGAAUCAGUAUCUCCACAAUUCCUUGUAGACACAAUAAAUGGAAGUUUAUUACAGCACAAAAAAAAAAAAAAAGAAGAAAGAAAGAAAGAAAGAAAGAAAUUGGCAACAAACUUCUUUCUCAGUGUCAAGAUAACAUCACUCCUGCUUAGUAUAGACACCAGUCUUCGACCAUGGAAGUAUUCUGACAACUACCUCAAAAUAGAAGAAGAAAAACAUAUCAUUGAGUAAUUCCAUUCACACCUUAUGGUCCUUUUUUUUUUUUUUUAAAGAACUAUAAGUAAAAGUUCUAUUUUCACGUAGCAUCCUUUGACUUAAUAGGUUGUCUGGGUCAAGAAAAUACUGUGUCAUUCAUAGUCCUAUAAUGAUAAAAUACUAAAAAUAAAACCUCAUCAUUGGACAGCAUUUACAACUACAAGAUGUACAAAAUGGGAAGUUCUGUGUGGGCUUUGGAGCAACUUUGUCUCCUUUGAACCAAAGCACCUGGGACAUAACAGGUGCUCAGCAUCUGCUAUGAACCUUAUCCUCCCUCUACCCAUCAACCCCCAGUGUUUGUCAUAUUUCUAAACAAGCACAGAGAAAUGUUUCUUUUUUUGUUGGUGCUGUCAAGUGUGGUAGAAAUGACUGUUCAUACCUGUUACCAAGUGCCCUGCAUUCAACCCUAGAGAAAAAUAUCCACAAAAAAAUCCAUGUCUCAAAACAAUCUACUAUCAACUGGCCUAAAUAUAGCUACCCAAACCAGUA